UUCACGAUCAUUGACUGUAAUUCUUCUAAUCAGUGAGGUGGUGUUUUAUCCAUUUUAAUUCUUUACCAACAGUUGAUGAAAGGAAUUAACAAUGACACAGUCUGCAUAAUUAGCUAGCAACAUUCCAUUGUUCAAGGCCUUCAAUAGAAGAGCUUAUUUGUAUUACUGUGUCAUGGUAAAACAUGCAGUUUGGCGAAAAUAUCAAGAGAGGAUAAAUAAAAUAUUUAAUUUGUAAGUAAAUUUAAGUAGUUUGAUUACAAAAAUAUUGCUAUGUUUUGUUUAUGAAGGAACUCAAUAUUUACAGAAUUUUAAAAUAUAGUUUUAAUUUGUUGUUAGGUGUUUACACAUCAGGCCGGGCGCCUCUACCAUUACUGUCGUGUUUACACGUCGGACUGGGCGCCUCUACAAUUACUGUCGUGUUUACACGUCAAGCCAGACAUCUCCAACACUACUGUCGUGUUUACACGUCGAACUGGGUGCCUCUACCAUUACUGCCGUGUUUACACGUCGAGCCGGGCGCCACCACCACUACAGUCGUGUUUAUACGUCGAGCCGGGCGCCACCACCACUACUGUCGUGUUUACACGUCGAGCCGGGCGCCACCACCACUACUGUCGUGUUUACACGUUAGGCCGGGCGCCUCUACAAUUACUGUCGUGUUUACACGUCGAGCCGGGCGCACACCACCACUACUGUCGUGUUUACACGUCUGUGACACACGGCUGGUAAUUAUUUAUUUCUUACUGCGUAAGGAUCAUUGACUGCUCUCUGAUGGCUACUUUCAGUACUACUAUGACAAGUGUCUCAGCCUGGUUUACAAUUUUGGUACUACGUCGAAAUCACAUGUUUACAUCAAAAUAUUAGCUGGCUGUCGGAAGAUGAUGGAUGUUACAACAGUAUAAUAUAACCAGUCAGUUUUCAACACAAAUUUACGUAAAGAAACCGUACUUAUUCAAAGUCUAAGCAGUUGUUGAAACAGCACGUAAUAUCCACGAUCUGACCUUGAACUCUCCGCUCUGGCCGCGAUCAGAGCUCGGCGCUACUGGACGUGUUGGUACGUCUACAGCUAUUAAGGACUUUUAAAAUGUGAUGUGUGUAUAUUAUCGGAAAGUAUCGAUAUAUAAUUCGAUUGAAUAUUGAGUACUCGGUUACUAUCGAUACUCGUAACCACCAUCUAAUCUGACGAUCCGUCGGCAGGUCGCCACGUGUGCCAGGACUGCGGCAAGGAGUACACCCUGCGGCACAACCUCAUGCGGCAUCAGCGUCUCGAGUGCGGCAAAGAGCCUCAGUUUUCCUGCCGAUUCUGUGAGUAUCGAGCGAAGCAGAAGAGCAAACUGAAAUACCACUUGUACUGCAAACAUGGCCAAAUUUUAGAAACUAAUUGUAAAACGUUUCUAAUGACACACUGUUACUUGCCAGUGUUGACACCAGACGUGGAGCACGAGUGUGUACAGUGUGGCCGCAAGUACAACAGGAAACAUAACCUCAACCGACAUGUUCGCCUGGAGUGCGGCAAGUCUCCACAGUUCUCCUGCCAGUUCUGUCCGUACAAGGCGAAGCAGAAGAGCAACCUCCAGUCCCACAUCGCCAUCAAACAUGGAGAUAAUCUACGUCAAGCUUAAGAGCGGACUGAACUGUCGGUUUUCUGCAAUAGUGACCAAAUAACAUAGAUAAAACAGUCUGGCGUAUUACUUUAACUCAAGUAUUUAUGUAAUUUUUAGUGAAAUACGAAACUACAUAUAGUUUUAUCACUAUAACAAAUUUGGAAAACGUAAUUACAUCGAAAAUUUUUAUUUUGAUACUUGGAACCUAAAUCUCGAUUCAUGUAAGUAAAAAAUCCAAAAAAUUGUCUCGAUCUAAAUACUUCAUACUUUCAGGUGAUUUUGAAAUAAAAUUGUUAUAUUUUUACUAAGUUACGUGGCUUUUAUGUUCAAUUUUCUUUAUAACACAACAGAAUACGUUUUACUUCCAUUACGUUAUGAAGUCGUUUCACAUUUUGUUUUAAUGUAAAAAUCAUGUUAUAAAAAUAAACUGAUUUUACACUGUCAAAAUGGUAUUGACAAGACUAUUUUUAUAUAUUGAGGGGACUUUUUUAUGUGAUUAUCUAAUUGUAAUAUAUCGUAAUAACAUAUAAUAUUACAGUUCUUAGAAUACAAAAACAGUUACUAAAACAAUAUGUUUCAGUUUAUUAAGUUUUCAGAGUGAAAGUUUUUUUUUUUUUCAAAAAACUGUAUACCGCCUCACUUGUAAGACUGAUAUCCCAGACAGUAUUAGAUUGUUAUUGUUAAAGUGUAUUGUAUAAAAUUCCGGAUUCCAUAUAGUAACAUCGAUUCUUGAAAGUUACAAUUGUUUUAAGUUUAUAUACUGAUAUAAAAGUUACUAUCUACAUUUGAGAGUUAUAACUGAUGAUUAAUAUAUAUUAAUCUAUUUAAAUAAUACAAAGGAUCAAGAGUUAACGCACGGACCCCAAAAAUCAAUAGGGUUCUUCUUUGAGCCCAGGGAAACGUAAGUAUGAAGUUCCAAGUCUCUAAGACUUUCUAUAAGGAGCUAUGACACAGACAGACGGUCUGCUUUUAACCCCAAAAUCGAUAGCUUUUAAUAAUAACGUUUAUUUUAUAAUAGUGUGUUUAUAAUAAAUGUGAACAUUUCUUCACUAAACAUCAAUUUUGUUAUAAUGUGGGCAUUUAAAAUUAGCAUUGCAAUUAUCAGAAUAAAUUAUUGAGAUGAUUGUGUGACAUUCGGUGAAUGCCAUGACUGCUGUGUUCCAGCAACGGUCACCGAGUUGGGCCGAGUUAACUGAACGAUAGAUCCAACUGAGUAAUGUGGGUAUUUAAAAUUAGCAUUGCAAUUAUCAGAAUAAAUUAUUGAGAUGAUUGUGUGACAUUCGGUGAAUGCCAUGACUGCUGUGUUCCAGCAACAGUCACCGAGUUGGGCCGAGUUAACUGAACGAUAGAUCCAACUGAAUAAUGUUUGCAUUUAAAAUUAGCAUUGCAAUUAUCAGAAUAAAUUAUUGAGAUGAUUGUGUGACAUUCGGUAAAUGCCAUGACUGCUGUGUUCCAGCAACGGUCACCGAGUUGGGCCGAGUUAACUGAACUAUAGAUCCAACUGAGUAAUGUGGGCAUUUAAAAUUAGCAUUGC